ACGGAAAACACAAAUUUUCUUAUUAAAAAAAUAAAUAAAAAAAACCCAAAAACAGGAUAAAGAACCAUUCGCACUUUGUUAAAACGAUUUAAAAAAUCCAACAAAAAUUGCAUUUCAAUCAGAUACCAUCAGAAUAAAUCAGACCUUGUACAUACCUUUUGACAAUUGGAUUCCCUAUUUCUGUCUUUUGCGGAUAAUUAAUAAAUCAUUCUUCAUUGGAAGGAAGAACGGAAUUCGGAAUACGGUUGAGGACGACGAGCGAAGGCCAGCUUUGCAGGAUGAGCAGCUCGUGGUACCUGCAACAUGUGACCACGGGUCAGCGCCACAUCCUGCACAACGGGCCCAACCUGGUGGGCCGCCACUCGCGCUGCAAGAUAGUCUUGGCUGGAAGCUAUCAAUUUGUGUCCCGGGAGCACGCCAACAUAAUCGUAAAUAAUGAUGAUGAAGUGGUGGUGCAGUCGAUGAACCCUUUGAAUGGCAUCUUCAUCAAUGACGGCAAGCUGAGCGAAAAGAUCAACCGCUUGGCCGUGGCCGAGGGCUCCACCAUCAGUCUGGGCGUCACCGGAUUGGCACUCGAGGAAGUCAAGAGCAUUCAUGCCAUUUUCGUGCUAAAAAAAAUGCAUCCCACGGUCGUUGAAGUCAUCCUAUCCUCUGACGAUGACGAUACAACGCCACUUCCCGCUGCUCGAUUCCCCAUUGGCGCUCAACCCACAGAAUUCAAUCUCAAGGAGCAAAUACCAAACUUUGCGCUUAAGAAGGACACCAGCCAGGCGAAGGAGGAGUUGCCUUCCGGUUCCAGUUUGCAUCUGCCAAAAAUAACGGAGGUGAAGCAGGAAUUCGUAAAGCAAACCACCAAUGAGAUACAGAACAUCUUUGGGGAUCCAAACGAUGCCAUUCUCGACUCUGUGCUGGAAUUAAAUCCAUAUUUAUACAACCAGCUAAACAAAAAUGCGGCGAGCAGUGCCACCAGCCAAACAAAAAUUCACGAUGGUGACUGUAUUGAACUGGAAACGGAUGCGGAGAGAAACCAAGCAUCGGAGGCGCAGAGAAACUGCAACGCGGUUGAGCCGGAUAAGCAAGCAAAUAAGGAUGGCGUUUCAUCAGCACAGGUAGUGGUCGACGAGGACGAGUACGACGAGCGUUUUGCCAUGUCUCAGGCAGUACUCAAGGAAAUAAAGGCCGAAAUGGCCUUUGGCGAUGAAGAGGAGGAUUUACUAGAAUCGAAUGGCUUGGGGAACAUGGAACAAGGUUCUCCAUCGUCCGAUGCCUACGAGGACAUAGUCUACAUCAGCGACUCCGAUGAUGAUGAGCUGUAUGACAAGGUGGCCGACUGGUCCAAGCUGCUUAGCCAAAAAGCGGUUCCAGAUGUCAUCGAAUUGUCGCAGACAUAUCCGGUGUUGGCGGAGAACUCGGAUACAGAUCAAGAGAUUGAAGCGAAACGUCCGUCUAGGGCUUUAAAAAUCGAGUCCACCAGUGAAGACGACACUUCCCCUCAAGUAGAGCGAAAAUCGCGGUCCAAAACCAGGUCAUUUGACGAUCGUGUUGUGCGCCAGGCCGACAGCACGACUCCCGAUCCUCCGCAGAUCCGAAAGUGCUCAAUACGCUUGAAAUCAAAAUCAACUGAUAAUAUCAGCUCAACUGCAGAUGAUGAACCCUUGCUUGAGGUAGCUAAUGAUGCAGGUGAUGAAAAAGAGGACAAAGUCAGCCCUACACUAAAAUCUUGCUUAAAAACUCCGAGCAAGACAUUACCAGCUGACAAGGACAAAAAAGCAGAGACCAAUAAAUCCUCAGUUCGAAAGCGCCGUCAGACAAUCGCGUCCAGAGAUGAAUUGGCAGAUAUCAGCCCACAAAAGGAAGAAACUAAUAGGACACCAAUCCGUAGGCGGCUCACAGUCACUUCUCCGAAUGAAUUGGCUAAGUCCAGCGCAACAAAUGAGGAAAUCAAAGAAGCUUCCAAAGAUAUAGUUGAGACUCCCAAAAAACUAUUCCGCAGUCGAUCAAAAUCCUGCUAUAUAAACCGUCUAGUAGAAUUAAAUGAACCUCCUAGCAAAAAAGAAAUGAGUCCUAAAAACAAUGAAAAUACAGGUAACAGCUUCAAAGAACUGGUGGUAACUCUAGAGGCUCCAAAAAAUUUGGAGACGCCAACCAAAUCUAAAAACAAAAAAACUAAAGAUAAAAAACCUGCGACUCGCGUAUUAAAGACUGAGCUUAAGAAAACUAAAACAACGACUAGAUCAACGCCUGCCAACCAGGACAAUGAGAAAGUUCCUAUUCCAGCCGAAACCACCGUUAAAAAGAGCCCACGCCUACUCAACCGAUCGAAAUCGUGCUAUGCAGACCGUCCUGUGGCUACUGAAACUGAUUAUGCUGACAAGCCGUCUCCAACCAAAAACGAUGCAACUGAGAGACAUCCGAGCUCUAAAGACACGAGGAUAACUCGGGGACCAUCAAUAAUCCAGGCUCCGUCCAUGCCCAAGGGUCGGGGCAAAUUGCGAGGAGUCUCGGCACAGGUUCAAGCCAAAGACAAGGUAUUAGAUCGUCAGCGUCUCAUCGACUACCAGGCCGAGUUAAACGCCAAGUGGAAACAAAAGCCCAAGGACAAGAAAAAAGAGAACGAAAAAAUUAAGGAAAAUCGCCGCGAAGCCCUCAAGAAGCUUUCUGACAAACCCAAGGAAAAGGAGAUUAGCUCAAGAACUAGUAAGAGAAAGCAUUCCACAAGUGUGCCCACCGUGCACAAUUCCAACAGAGGUGAAUUCCUAACCAAAGAAGUGGUUGGCCCACCCACGAAAGUGGCCAAGACGGAUAAAGCUAAGCCAAAGCCAAAGAACCCAACUCCACCUCGACGCCCCACUGUGGAGACAUUCUCGCAGCAGCUACAGGCAGCUGAUGAAGCUACACUUCAUCCGCAGCCACAUUAUCGCCCAGCGGAGCGUAAGGGAGCAGAGAAGGCGAGGAAUCAGCGCACCUGCAACAAGGUUACCUUUGCUGAGAUGGAGCUCUACCGUCAAAAGGCCGAGGAGUUGGAUAACCUUCCAAAGAAGCGCAGAAAAGUGCACUUUAAUGAUAAUGUCGUGAUACACUACAUCGAAAAGGACGAGGGCGCCCGAUCCCAUGUGCAGGGUCGCAAAGAGAGCUUCAAGCUCCGCCACAGCACGUACCGCGAACGUCGCGAAUGGGCUCGCAAGGGUAGGAAACCGGUGAACGACAUCCGCCAGCACUCACGAAGCAUCCUGCGGUGGGCCAACCAGUGGCUGAAGCUCGGAAGUGUAGAUGCAGUCGCCGAUCAGGAUACUCUACUGCCGAUUUCAAAUGAAUUCGAUUCGUAUAAGCACUAUAAAGAGACAUUUGUGCCGUUGAUGAAGCUGGAGGUGCUGACCACCAUAGAAAGGGACUACAAGACGAACACUGAGACUUUUGCUGCCAGCUUAAGCAGCGUGUAUAUCCAGGACAAUUGCUACCGUUUGCUUUUCCGAGUCAAUAACAGACCCGUUGGGAGAUUCGUACUAUAUACCCUUUCGGGGGGUAGCCAAAUUCCGGAGACCUUUGCCAAUCUGAUAGAUAUUAAGUGUGUCGGAGGCAAUGCCUUUGAUUUUCUGUUUGAGAUCCUGAUACAGAAUAUAACCGAGGAGCAGAUCAACAGCGUCAAGCAAUGGAAUGCCCGUCCAGUCGUCGACAGUAUAAGGGUGGAGUUGGGGGCCUUGAGUGCCGUCCAUCAGCUCCCCACUUCGCCGCUCUGUCGUCGCAUCCUGAGGCCCACGCAGACUUCAAACGAAGUUUCUCUACCAAAACAGUCGUUUAUCUUCAAGGGUCGCAUGAAGAUGAACGAACAUCAGAAGAACAUUUGCCUGCGCACCUAUCUGCGGGUCAUCGACGACUUGGAACCGAGUAUCACGCUGAUCCAGGGCCCACCCGGUACUGGCAAGUCGAGGGUCAUUUCCGAACUAUGUCUUCAGACUCUGUACGGGAAUGCCGCCAAGAUGCUGGACCGCAAGAUCUUGAUUUGUGCUCAUUCCAACACGGCCAUAGAUCACAUUGUUUGUCUACUGGGUAUGGUUGAACGCAUAAUGAGCCACCACCGCUUUAGCCUACUGCGUUUCGGGUUGCACGAGAAGAUGAGUAAUUUCUCUCGACCCUACUCGCUGGAGGCGCAUUUUGAAAGAGCCAAGAAGAAAAAGCUGGAGCGCCUUACACCGGAGAACGCUGAAAUUUUGAAGAAGCAGCACAUGGAUCUUAAGGCUGAGAUCCUUCUGCUGAAGCAAAAGGCGAAUCUCACGAGCACAUAUCUGCAGCAGCAGCUGCAGCAAAAGGAACGCCAGCUCCAGUUAAUCAGCGAGCAACUGAAUCCGCCGUUGACCCAUCGGGAGGAGUCGGAUAUAUCUCAUGCAUGUGUGACCCAGGCCAAUAUCAUCUGCACCACUCUCUCCUCGUGCGUGAAACUGGCGAACUAUGUGGACUUCUUUGAUCUCUGCAUCAUCGACGAGGCCACUCAGUGCACAGAGCCCUGGACCCUGCUGCCCAUGCGGUUUGGUCUAACUCAUCUCGUUCUGGUUGGCGAUACCCAGCAACUUCCGGCGGUGGUUCUGUGCAAGAAGGCCAUCGACUUCGGUCUGUCCAACUCCAUGUUCGAUCGGAUUCAGCGCAGUCUGCAGCAGCAGUUGGAUAAGCCGGGUGGCAAUCAGUUUGUGCACACGAAAAUUUUCAAGCUGAGCAUGCAGUACCGCAUGCACCCGGAGAUUUGUCGUUGGCCCAAUAAGUAUUUCUACGAGAAUCAGUUGGUAAAUGCCGAGAUUAACUCCCGUUUUGCCACGGCUCUCAUUCCCUACUGUGUGAUCAACUUGAGAUACACGCAGGACAUCAGCGGCGUUCAAAACAAGAGCAUAAGCAAUGACGAGGAGGCUCGCUUCGUGGCCAAGCUUCUGACCGAGAUGGACAAACACUUGCCCACCAAGCGCUACAGCUACGGCAUAAUCUCGCCGUACCAAAGCCAAUGUUUCGCCUUGAGCCAGGUGAUUCCCAGACACAUGAAUCUCACUCCCUUGACUGUGGACGCGUAUCAGGGGUUGGAGAAGGAUGUGAUCAUUAUCUCCAAUGCCAGGACACGCGGCUGCGGCUUCCUCACCAACUAUCAGCGCCUCAAUGUGGCUCUGACCAGGCCGAAGCGUUGCUUGGUUAUUUGCGGGAAUUUUGAUGAUCUGAAGUCUGUGGACAUGUGGCGUCAGCUACUUGACGACGCUCGAAACCGGAAGGUUUACUUCGAUUUGGACCGCGAGCAUGUGGAAGACCUUCAGAACUCCUUGAUCAAAAAGAUGCUGGUCAAUCCCAUCGACCGUCUUUAAGGGAAACGGCUAAAAGCAACCUCCUAUAGCCUUAGAAACAUUCGAAGUGCCACUAGGUUUAUGAAAUAAAUCGUUUUUUUUAAUCUUCACUUUUUUUGUAUAUAUUUAACAUAUAGACUGUAAGAUUUUAAGUUGAAAUCUUUGUACACUUAGUUCAUUAAUACGUCGUCUUCUUGCAUUUCUUUUGUAAAUGCCAUACAGAUACUCGUAUAACAGGAUUUAUAAGUAACCGAUUAUAUAUCAUCUAUUUACUUUUUGAGAAAGUGUCACGGGUUGAGGAUGAUGCUGAUACAUUGUAUGAAAUAAAUAUUGAAAUUGUUAAACCAA